UUUUAAAGACAAAUCGUGGGUAGGCCACGCACAACUCACAGCACGUGUCGCGCCAGCCCACAACUUACACAAUCCCGGCCCGUGGUCAACCUACAAGGCUCUGCCAACACCCUUUCUUUUAUUGCACAAUGUGCCGUCCUUGGAAGUCGCACGCGAUAAUGCCGACGUGGUAGAUAAGGAUGAGACGGAGCACAUAUAGGUGUGCGAAGUACGUACUCCUCGCGAACCUCAAGACAUGUCGCUGCGUGGCAGGCUAGCCCUGGUCACCGGAGGAGCGAGUGGCAUAGGCAGGGCCACUUGCCACGCACUGGCAGCCCACGGAGCCAGGGUGGUCGUCGCAGAUCUCAACCAAGAUGCAGCCAAGGUCGUGGCGUCGGAGCUACCUGGAACUGGGACCCACAGAUCAGCUUUUCUGGACGUCAGUAACUCGAAUUCCGUUGACAGGCUGUUUGCUGACAUCAAGGAGUCCGAAUCUCUACCCUUCAGCAUAGUAGUGAAUUGUGCUGGCAUAGCCAAGAUUUGUUCCCUUGUCGACACGACGGAUGAAGAUUUCGACAAGAUCAUUGAAGUAAAUCUCAAGGGCACUUUCCUGGUGACAAGAGCUGCGGCGCGGGCCAUGAUUUCCUGUGGUGUGACGGAGGGCGUCAUCGUAAACGUUUCCAGCAUCCUGGGCAAAUGCGGACUCUACGGCCUGGCGGCGUACACAGCUUCCAAGGGUGGCGUCGUGGCUCUGACCAAGUCGGUCGCUCAAGAGCUGGCGCAGCACGGCAUCCGCUGUAACGCCGUGCUACCAUCACUGACACAGACCCCGAUGAUCGAUGCGCUCAGUGACGAAUGGCAAAGACUGGGCAUCGCACUGACACCCCUUGGCCGAAUGUGCCAGCCGGAUGAAGUGUCCGACGCUAUUGUAUUUCUCUGCUCUCCGAAAAGUUCCUUCGUGACAGGAGCUGUCCUGGAAGUAACCGGAGGAUUCAAAAUGUAAACGAUUUUCGAAAUCCCACUCACCCUGCUUUUUUGGGCAUCAUUCACGUACGAAAAAAUAAAGCUAACUCGAGCUUGACUGAU